GGUGCGUAUGACGUAACAGUUCUUACCGGAAGUUAAAAAGUACACAACAUAGAUGGCGGCGUCCAACGAGACAAUGUUGAAAAAACCACACGUGGGGAAAAAGAGAAAGCCUCCAACGAGAUACUGGGAGGGCACAGAGAAAGACGGGAAGAAUGAUGGAAAGAAACAGAAAGAAGGGGACAACAACGAACAGACUCCGCAACAAAAUAAGACGAGGACAAAGGAAGGAGGAAAGCGAGGAGUAGCAGGAGGAAAGCAAGGAGUAGCAGGAGGAAAGCGAGGAGUAGCAGGAGGAAAGCGAGGAGUAGCAGGAGGAAAGCGAGGAAAGCGAGGAGGAGCAGGAGAAAAGGUCAUAUCAGGGAAAUUAGAUCCAUUCCCAGGCUCAGCACUUGUCCCUGAAGAGAAGUUGAAAAAAUUCAAGAGGGGAGUGAAGGGAGAACUGCCCCCUCGGCCGCAGUACAAGCUCAGAGAUGUGGUCAUUCGAUCAGAGGCUGCCUCAGACCUGGCCCAGAAGCAGAAUGCACGAUAUGACCUUAUGCUCCCAGAGGAUGCUGGGUUCCUGGAGGGAGACAAAGAUGAGGACACGUGCAACAUCUCACAGGAUGACAUCGCUGAUGCUGUGGAUAUUACCGCAGGGGCAAAGUACUUUAGCCUGACCCUGUCUCAGUUUGGGCCUUACCGACUGGAUUACAGCAAGACUGGGCGACACCUGCUGCUUGGUGGCAGGAGAGGGCACGUGACCUGCCUGGACUGGCAGUCCAAACAGUUGAUGUGUGAGAUGAACGUGAUGGAGACAGUCAACGAUGUAAAGUGGCUCCACAGUGAGGCUUUGUUUGCAGUGGCUCAGAAGAAGUGGCUGUAUAUCUAUGACAACAAGGGCAUCGAGCUCCACUGCAUCCGCAAGUUCAACGAUGUUCUCCGCAUGCAGUUUCUCCCCUACCACUUCCUGCUGGCUACAGCAAGUGCGACAGGCUUCCUGCAGUACCUGGAUGUGUCAGUGGGUAAGGAGGUGGUGGCCAUCUGCACCAAGGCUGGCCGGCUUGAUGUGAUGGCCCAUAACCCUCACAACGGCAUCAUCCACCUGGGCCACUCCAACGGCACUGUCACCCUCUGGACGCCAAACCAGAGAGAGCCAGUUGUCAAGAUGCUCUGCCACCAGGGAGGUGUGCGCUCUGUCGCCGUCGACAAGACUGGCACGUACAUGGUGACCUCUGGCAUGGACAAGAAGCUGAAGGUGUAUGACAUCAGAUCCUACCGGCCCCUGCAGUCCUACUUCCUGCCUGCGGGAGCUUCCUGCCUAUCUCUGAGUCAGAGGGGCCUGCUGUCCGCCGCCACAGGAGACAUAGUCCAGGUGUACAGAGAUGUGUGGGGCACCCCAGUGACCAAGCCCUACAUGGCCCACAGGGCAAAGGGCUCAGUGUGGGGUGUGCACUUCUGCCCCUUUGAGGACGUCCUAGGGGUGGGCCAUGGAGAGGGCUUCACUAGCAUGGUCGUACCAGGUGCUGGCGAGCCCAACUUUGACGGUCUGGAUGCCAACCCGUACCGCAGUGCCAAGCAGAGGCAGGAGUGGGAGGUCAAAGCCCUACUAGAGAAGAUCCAGCCAGAACUGAUUGGCCUGGACCCUAGCCAGCUCAGCCAGGUGGACCACUCCACCUGGGAACAGAGACAUGAGGACAGGGUCCAAGUACUGGGCUUUGACCCGCUGGCCAAGGAGAAGUUUACACCAAGGUUAAAGACCAAAGGUCGGAGUUCAAGUGGAAAAGUGGAAAAGCGCAAGAAGCAAGUGGCACAUGAGGACCAGAGGGAUGUGAUCAGGCAAACCGUGGAAGACAGGAUGAAGAUAGAUAAAGAGAGGAAGGAGAAAGAGAAGAAAGAGGCGGCAGCAGCUGGUCAGAAGUCUGCUCUGGACAGAUUCAGGAAGUAAGACAGAGGGACCAGUGUGUGUGUGUGUGUGUGUGUAGACGCCUCUGUGGGACUGAGCGUUGACCUUUCAGAUAAAGGGCACAUUCUGAGUAUGGGACAUGUUCCUCCGAAGCCCAGCCAGAAGGCUCCAACAGCCACUGCAGACACACAGAACAUGCAUACCAAACUGUAUGAGAUGACUUGGAACUGCAUCAUAAUCAGUGCCCUGAGCUCAUUCUGUGUGACAUUUAUAAACUGUCAGUGUAUUUCAUAUCAAAAUCUAAUUUUAUUGGUCACAUACACAUAUUUAGCAGAUGUUAUUGCGGGUGCAGUAAAAUGCUGUCAGUGUAUUUAUGUCAGUUGGAAAGGCUGUCAUGAAGUAUUAUCACCUCCCUUCUCUAUUGUGACAAUUAUGAUCGUUUUUUUCAGUACAGUUUAAUACUGUUACUUGACAAAUGUUUUAUAUAAAAAACACAUGUCAUUUGUGAAAUAAAAAACAUUUGUUCACAAAAAAAGUA